AUGACAGGCGACAACGCUAAGGCUGCCGAAGAAGGCCGACUAUCUGAACUGUCUCCAUCUGGCAGUGAGCAGAAUCGCGAUUCCACGAAAGAGGCCACAAAGGAUUCAUAUCUAGUCACAUGGAAUGGAAAUGACGACCCCGAAAACCCCAAAAAUUGGACAAAGAGACAAAAAUGGGCUGCGACUUUGGCUGUGGCGUCAUUCACCUUCAUCUCGCCCGUGUCUUCUUCCAUCGUCGCUCCUGCUACCCAAAAGAUCUCUGAGAGCUUUGGCAUCACAAAUUUCGCUGUCAGCCAGAUCAGCUACAGUGUCUUCGUGCUCGGAUACGCUUUCGGCCCCCUGUUUCUAAGUCCACUGUCCGAGAUAUAUGGCAGAUCGAGACUGCUCCAGCUCGCGAACCUCUUCUAUCUCAUAUUCAAUACAGUGGCUGGAUUCAGCAGGAAUACCGGCGAGCUGAUCGCUUUCCGCUUCCUGUCUGGACUUGGCGGUAGUGCCCCUCUUGCAGUCGGAGGAGGCGUCCUCGGCGACGUCUGGCCUGCCGAGGAACGUGGUGCAGCUCUCUCAAUCUACUCUCUGGGGCCAUUGAUCGGUCCCGCCGUCGGACCCAUUGCAGGUGCUUGGAUUGCUCAGUGUACGACUUGGAGAUGGACGCUAUGGGCUCCUUCUAUCGUGGAUGUCUUCAUUCAACUUGCCGCUCUCAAGUACCUGGAGGAGACGUUUGCCCCAUGCCUUCUCCGUCGCAAGGCAGCCAAAUUGCGCAAGGAGACUGGUGAUGACCGCUAUCAGACACUCCAAGAACGCGCGAACCUGACCUUGCCGACCGCACUGAAGAGAGGUCUCUCGCGCCCUUUCAUCCUCAUUGGUACUCAACCCAUCGUACAGUGUCUCGGUCUGUACAUGGCAUACCUGUAUGGUUUAUACUACCUCGUGCUGGGACAUUUCUCAGACCUUUGGGUUGACGGGUACCACGAGUCUCGCGGCAUCUCCGGCUUAAACUACAUCUCUCUCGGUCUCGGCCCAAUCAUCGGAGCUCAGAUAUCCGCUGUCUUUAACGAUCGUAUCUAUCGCAACCUUAAGCACAAGAAUAAUGGAGUCGGCGAACCCGAGUUCCGACUGCCGCUUAUGUUUGUUGGAAGUCUCCUCGUGCCCAUUGGACUGUUUUGGUACGGGUGGAGCGCACAAGCUCACACACACUGGAUCAUCCCUAACAUUGGCGUCUUGAUUUACUCCUGCGGUGGUAUAUUCGGAUUCCAAUGCAUUCAGACCUACCUCGUCGAUGCAUACACAACUUACGCCGCAUCUGCAAUGGCCGCAGUCGCCCUCGGAAGAUGUAUCCUCGCUUUUAUCUUUCCCAUGUUCGUAAAGCAGCUCUAUGCCAGCCUGGGGUACGGCUGGGGUACGACUUUACUUGCGUUCAUAGCUCUUGGCCUGGGAGUGCCGUUUCCGGUUCUUCUUUGGUGUAAAGGUGAAGCACUGAGAGCGAAAAGUCCCUACGCGGCCACUUCCGACUAG